GCUUUCGCAUAAUCAGCCUCUUCGAGGGAGAUCGACGCUAGGCUUUGGGGACGUGUCCAUCGACAGAAUCGAUUCUUGGAUGAUGGAACGUCGCGCCUCGUGUGGACUCCAAUCAGUUAGCGGCCGCCGUUAAUGCUCCGAUCGUGCCUCCUGGGAUCAUCCCUCGCGAAGGGCGGUCGCCGAGGUCCGGGGAUGAUGGGUUAAGGAAACCGUCCGAGAAGCCUCGAGACAAAUUCGAAACCACUCGCUCGACUCCAGAAGAAGAUUUCUUGAAGGAAUGCCUGCAAAGACAGGAUUCUCAAACCAGAACGCACGCUUUGGAUCUCUACGAGCUAAUUAAAGGGAGAUACUUCUCUCGAAUGUGUUUAUCCUCGUCACGAAACGGACGACGAUCUCGAGAGGACCUAAUGGUACUUAAAUACUCCAAUGGAAUACAGAUCGCUGGAUUAGCAACGAGAGAAAGCCGAUAUCCACGUCGAUUCUACCCAGAGAACGUUCCGGAAGAGGUUUCCAAGAGACUUCUUUUCACCGUGAAAUAAGCGGCGUGUUCUCCACGGGCACGACAGCUAGGAACAAAGGUAGAUAAUAAGGAGAAAAGUUGAGAAGGAUGCCGCAGGCUUCAAGGACGUCAUCCAGCAUCACGCCGUGCGUAUCCUCAGCAGUGCGUCUGCCCGAAUGCGUCCCAUGCGUGUCGUAACGCGGACGCGUUACCACACGCUGCACACUUUCUACCGUUGAAGGCUGGAAAAUACGAUCCCCGCGACCUCGGAAGAAUAAUUCGCCGCGACAGAGAGGGAGAGGAGUCCGUGUCCCGCGCAAGGACGCGUUGCUCGCCUUUGGGAAUAUAACCUCGCGCUGUACUCCGCUACGAAGAAGAUACGAGCGAGUCCGAUAGGUGAUAUCCGAGGACCGCGACACUUCAUAUCGAGAAGCUGCAAUUGCCUCAGGGAGACCUCGAUUCAUCUGUCAGCAUUCGAAUGGAAGAAUACCCCGUGGAGCUCCAUUCGUCCUAGGGGAAUAACGAGAUCUUGUUGCAUCCAGGGAAAUUUUGCGGCGCAACGGGUUCCAGCUAGUGCACGCCAGAGGUUUAAAUAUUAAUAAAAAGGGGUUGCUGAGAGAGGUUCGAUCUUUGGGAAGGUGGAUGAUCUCCAGGGCGUGGAGUUCGGAGAUAAUAUUGGAGCCUAUGCGCGAUCAUCUCGACAGUAUUACCAUCGCCCAUUCCACGGCGUCGAUGGAGAGAAUAGUCCAGGGACGAAGAUUGGUCCCACGAGGGUGAAGAUACCUUCUUAUCUUCUACCUUAGUCUCCUGCACUCAGGGAAAUCUUGCGGCGUAACGGGUUCCAGCUGGUGCACGCCAGAGGUUUAAAUAUUAAUAAAAAGGGGUUGCUGAGAGAGGUUCGAUCUUUAGGAAGGUGGAGGAUCGUGGAGCCGUGGAGUUUGGAGAUAAUAUUGGAGCCUACACGCGAUCAUCUUGAGAGUAUUACGACCCACGGCGUCGAUGGAAAGAACAGUCUAGGGACGAAGAUUGGUCCCACGAGGGUGAAGAUACCUUCUUGUCUUCUAUCUCAGUCUUCUGCACUCAGGAAAAUCUUGAGGAUGCGAUGCUCCGUUACGUACACGACGAGGACGCCUUGCGUCGCAUUCACUUAAACGCCACUCUGGUCCACUUGCGAUCCCUGAUCCAUCGCGUGACAGCCAUGCAUCGCCUCGACAAUAUCACCGGCUUCUUCAGCGACAUGAACAUCACCGACGAGGACCUUGAUUACGUGAACAACUUCGGCGCCACUACCCUCCUGAAGACCGCCAAUCUUCAAUCCUCUUGCUACUGUAACGGGACAGUCAGAGACCUGGCUCUCAGGUACAAGAAGUACCACGGUUACGUGGCGCUAGUGGUUUGCCUCUUUGGAACCCUGGCAAACAUGCUGAACAUCGUCGUUCUCACGCGAAAGGACAUGGUCACCACCCCCAUAAACCAAAUCCUCACUGGCCUAGCUACUACCGACAUGCUGGUUAUGCUCGAGUACAUUCCGUUCGCUAUUUACAUGUACAUCGUGCUUCCGAAGAGGCCAACGUUUCCUUACGGUUGGGCGGUGUUCGUCCUGUUUCACAUGCACUUCGCCCAGCUGCUGCACACCAUCAGCAUCGCCAUCACCCUCACGUUGGCUGUUUGGAGGUACAUCGCUAUCAGGUGAGCGGAAUACCGUUUAUCCGUUUGCGGUUCGGGAAGAACCGGGAACAGCGGUCGCUUAGGCAAUUGCUUGUAACCAGGUGAUUUCGGAUUUUACAGAGAAGAUUAACUCGAGGCUUGUACAGAGGGAGGUGUUUAGAUUAACAGUCUGUCUUAUAAGACCGUAUCGGCUAUAUUUCUGUGAAUGUUUAUAUGUUUGUACAAAAUUUUAUAUGGGUCCAAAUUAAUAGAAAGCGUGCCGAGACGGUGCCAAGCUGUAAUUGCUAAUGGAUGAUAUUGGACACCUUACUAGGUAAAUGCGUAUUAGUAUUUUAGGUGUAGAUUCGACCCAUGUAAAACUUUGUACAAAUGUGUAAAUAUUUACGAAAAUAUAGCCGACACGCUCUUGUGAGACAGACUGUAUUUGCCUGUUUUAAGUUGUUAUUAGGUCGUUUAGAACGCGAGAUUGAGGAAGGAGAAAAAUUAAGGUGCGAGGUACUGCUGAGAUUAAUGUAGCGUUGGUGUCUUCGAUGCUAGAAAUUUGGAAGCUUUCCCUUUAAGGGGCGACACCACUCUAGAGGCCUCCGUAGUUUCGAAAGAUACGAUUCGAGUUCAGAUCAGUAUUAAGUGACAAAUACUUGGUAUAACAAUGACGAAUGAAUAUAAAAAUAAUGAACAAAAAUGAAACUUCCAGGGACGAUUGCGGUUUGAUAUUUAAUGCUGAGGAAAAAGGUACACGAGUGUUCGCGGUAGAUAGCAAAGAGUAAUAAAAAAAAAGAAAGAAGAGCAAAACAUUAAUUAAUUUAAUUGCAAACAUUAUCGAAUUCCGCACUCCAGUGGCUGAAAAAGAGGCCCAACUUUGAUCAUUAAUUUUAAGAGUAUCGCAAAAGAAAUAGGAUUUGUUUACACCAUUGAAUUGUUUGAAAAGUAAGCUUGGUGCAAAAGAAAAAUUAAGGCGAGCUCAGUCUAAUGCUGGUCUUCGAUGCUAAAAGUUUAGUUCGUCGACGGCACUUUUGAAGGCGAAACCCUCUCGCUUUGGAAGACACUGCCUUGGACACCUUAAACGAGUUUUAUCGCGUUCGAAACAAUGCGACCAGCAAUAAAAGUUUACGGCGCGACUCCCGGCGAAAAAUGCUGAACGCUUCGCGAACAACGCGGAUAUUAUACUGCGAUAAAAGGGAACGAGGGUAAUUCGCGUUAAAUGUAACAGGACGCGGCGAUACACGUUCGAUAAUAAAUUGUAAGUUCCUUCUAUCGGACGAUAUUGCGCUUUUUAUGGUGAUAGGAAAUAAGAAUGGGCGGAGUGUGUAAAGAAUUUAUUGCAUCCCUUACAUAUGUUACUUCAAGAAAUGGUACGAAUCAGCUAGGGUAAAUCUCAACACAUCUCGUUAAAGGUCUAUUUACACAUAUCCGUAACGUGUCAGUUCCGUAUCCGUACCGUAUCCGUACCGUAUCCGUACCGUAUCAAUAACGUCACGGAGCGGUGUCGGACGUGUGUGAACAUGCCCAUUAAAAAACAACAGAAGAAUAUUUAAAAUCACUGACACUGAUGGAACAUUACGGAACUGAACGGAUACGGAACUGACGCGUUACGGAUAUGUGUAAAUAGACCUUAAAGCGUCUUGUUGUCGAAUUCCCUUAAGCGCCGAUGAUGUAUAGACAUAUAGACACAGCGUUAGUACCUUCGUCAGGCGUAAGUGACCGCGAAUUAGCCAUUACUUAAUUACAGGUGUUUUCGAUGGUUAACGCGUAAACCAUCGCACACAUGUAUCGAUCGCGUACACAGGGUCGAGCACCUGUACAUCAUCUAAAUUACCAACAAUGUAUAUCCGGCCUCAACGUAAAUCUAUCCAGCAUUUCAGAUGUGUUUGACGCCUGUCUACAAACCAUAAGUAGAUACAUUCGGUUAUUCUAAACAAAACGAUAGAUACACGCUGUGAAACGUUCCGAUUCGUGUUUGCUGAAUAAAUGAAGCUACCGUGGCCACCGCGAUAACGAGACUGUUCAUUAAAGCAGCAAAACAACCCGUACACUGUUUGUACGGCGUGUGUUCCCCGCGAUUACACGUUUGGCUUCCCUUAUCGUGUUUUAUGAAUUCCGGCCACGGAAUUAACCGCGGAAGAGCCACGGAUACGUUUCGCAACGAUUUAAAGGGAACUGAAUAUAAAUUCGAGGAUACUCGAUUAACGCGGAGUGAAAAAAAAAAAAACACGAAAUUUCGUUCGGAA